AUGAAUGUUUAUUUGAACAAAGAGACAUUUGACAAUCGUGAUAAACAACUUAAGCCAGUACUUGUGUGGAUACAUGGUGGAGGUUUCGCGGCUGGAAGUGGUAAUAAACCAGAUGCCUAUCGAGGAAUACCAUUGGUAAUCAUUGAAGAUGUUGUUUUAGUAACAUUCAACUAUCGACUUGGAGUUUUGGGUUUCUUGAAUCCUGGUAAACUCAUUCCUUCAUUUCCAGAUAAUCUUGGUCUUUGGGAUCAAAAUUUAGCUCUACAAUGGGUUAGCCAGAACAUUCAUCUUUUUGGUGGUGAUCCCAAUAAAGUUACGAUCUUUGGUCAAUCAGCAGGAUCGGCGUCUGUGGGUUAUCAAAUCUUGUCUCCUCAAUCUAGAGGUUUAUUUAGAGGAGCCAUCAUGGAGUCAGGAGGAAUCAUGAGUGGUUUCAUUCAAGAACAAAAUCGAACUAAGACCCUUGAAGAUUUCAUCGAGUCUUUAAACUGUACUAAUGUUGUCGAUCCAUUGACUUGUUUGAAAUCAAUCCCCUGGAGAGAUCUAGUUGAUAACUCACCAAGCACCUUUAUAAGCCCAACUUUUGGUGAUGAUUUCAUACCAAUGGAACCAGAAGAAGCAGUCAAAAGCCGCAAAUUCAAUGAUGUAAAUUUAUUGGCUGGUGCUGAGAGAGAUGAAGGAAAUGGUCUCGUCUGUGGCACUUACAAGUUUGCACACCUCAAAGCUUCAACAUCAGCAACUGGGACUUAUGCUUGUAUUCAUACUCAAGCCCCAAUGAAAGGGCUCUUUGAUAAUCCAUCUUGCGGCAGAUCAGUUGAUAAAGUUUGCCAUAAUGAUGAGAUCCCGUUCAUUUUUGGAGCUCCUCUUCGCGAGCCUCAAAAUUAUGAUUCAGAUGACAUCGAAUUGAGCAUUCAGAUGAUGAAAAUUUGGGGUGAAUUUGCACGGUCAGGGAAACCAGCUCGACAAGGUCCAAUCGAUUGGCCACUUUUUGCUGAAAAAUCAUCUAAAGUUUUGAAUCUCAUCGAAUUGAAUAACAAAUUUUUUGGUAAAAUUGACACUAAAACUGGGACUAAUUGUUUCAUCAACUGA